AUGGUGACGGUGAUAAAGCGAAAUACACGAAUUCCGACAAAGCAGACAUGCAGUUCCCAAACAGCUAGCGAUAAUCAAACAAGUGUGCUCACCAGUAUUUUUGAGGGUGAACGUGCGAUGGCCAAAGACAACUACUUUUUGGGCGAGUUUUUGGUAAAGGGUUUCCCAGCAAAGCCGCGUGGUGAGAUUAAGUUUGAAGAUACCUUUGAAAUUGACGAAAAUGGCAUUCUUCAUGUGUCGUCAGUGGAAAAGUCUACUGGGAAGCAGAACAGCAUCACUAUCACUAAGUACAAGGGUCACCUGUCUGAGGAGGAGGCAAAGCUAAUGCUGGCUGAGGCGGAGAAGUUCAAGCAGGAGGAUAAGAAGGAGAGGAGUAGGGUGGCAGCGAUGAAUGCGCUAUUGGACUGCAUCUACAGCACUAAAAGAAAAUUGGAGAAAGAGGAGGUAAAGCAGAAGAUAUCAGGGAAGAACCGAAAAAAGUUACUUGCGAAGUGUGAGGAGAUGAUCAAGUGGACGGACACGGAGAAACAGGCCACAAAGGAGGAAUACGAAAGAAAGCGCAAACAGUUUGAGAGCGAGUGCAGCCUCUAA